AUGCAACCUCUUCGGGAUAGAAACUGGGUCACGUACUACGACGGCGAGAAGGUGCAUCAUGGUCCGCUCACUAUCGUCGGCACAGGCAAUAUCGCCCUGGAGUCUGUCCUAUUGAACCACACCAAUCGCUUCGUCUUCUUCGAUGCGCCGCUUCUGUCUAUUGCCACCGGCAACACUACUUUCAACAAUACAAACUCGUACUACGCCAGUGUCAGUCUCAAAGAUGCAAUUGGUAAAAUUUGGUUCAACCAACUGAGCGCAGAGCAAGAGAAGAUCCUGAAAACCCAGAUCGAGAUGGUGCAGGAGACGGGAUUAAUGAGCAGAUAUUGGGAUACUCCUGGUUGGCCGAUUAGUCUGAGAGACAUGCUGUGGUUUAAGCUCACCGAAUUUGGCGUCGGAGUGCUCAAUGUAGAUGACUUGGUGUCGGCAACGAAGUGGAAUUGGCAUCAGUGCGUCGUCGCUGGCAUGACCCUCUGCUGA